AUUUUAUACCAUAGGUGGAUUUUAACCAGGAAUUACAAAGCCCUCAGUAAAGGUUCAAAAGGCAGUACCUCAGGCUUUUUGAACAUCAUGAUGGAACUCAAGAAGUGUUGUAACCAUUGCUACCUCAUUAAACCACCAGAUGAUAAUGAAUUCUAUAAUAAACAGGAGGCCUUACAGCAUUUAAUACGUAGCAGUGGAAAACUAAUCCUUCUUGACAAGCUACUGAUCCGUCUGCGAGAACGUGGCAACAGAGUUCUGAUUUUCUCACAGAUGGUGAGGAUGCUGGACAUCCUGGCAGAAUAUCUGAAGUAUCGUCAGUUUCCCUUUCAGAGACUGGAUGGAUCAAUAAAAGGGGAAUUAAGGAAACAAGCACUGGAUCAUUUUAAUGCAGAAGGAUCAGAGGACUUCUGCUUUUUACUGUCUACCAGAGCUGGUGGGUUAGGUAUCAACUUGGCAUCUGCUGACACUGUAGUUAUAUUUGAUUCUGACUGGAAUCCACAGAACGAUCUACAAGCACAGGCUAGAGCGCAUAGGAUUGGACAGAAGAAACAGGUUAAUAUUUAUCGGCUAGUCACAAAAGGAUCAGUAGAAGAAGAUAUUCUUGAAAGAGCCAAGAAAAAGAUGGUGUUAGAUCAUUUAGUAAUUCAGAGAAUGGACACUACAGGGAAAACCGUGCUGCAUACAGGCUCUACUCCUUCAAGCUCAACACCUUUUAAUAAGGAGGAGUUAUCAGCGAUUUUGAAGUUUGGUGCUGAGGAACUUUUUAAAGAGCCUGAAGGGGAAGAACAGGAGCCCCAGGAAAUGGAUAUAGAUGAAAUCUUGAAGAGGGCUGAAACUCGAGAAAAUGAGCCAGGUCCCUUAACUGUAGGAGAUGAGUUGCUUUCGCAGUUCAAGGUGGCCAACUUUUCCAAUAUGGAUGAAGAUGAUAUUGAGUUGGAACCAGAAAAAAAUUCAAGAAAUUGGGAAGAAAUCAUUCCGGAAGUCCAGCGUCGAAGAAUAGAAGAAGAGGAAAGACAGAAAGAACUUGAAGAAAUAUACAUGCUCCCAAGGAUGAGAAACUGUGCAAAACAGAUCAGCUUUAAUGGAAGUGAAGGGAGGCGCAGUAGGAGCAGAAGAUACUCUGGGUCUGAUAGUGACUCCAUCUCAGAAAGAAAACGGCCAAAAAAACGUGGAAGACCACGAACUAUUCCUCGAGAAAAUAUUAAAGGAUUUAGUGAUGCAGAGAUCAGGCGGUUUAUCAAGAGUUACAAGAAAUUUGGUGGCCCUCUUGAAAGGUUGGAUGCUGUAGCUAGAGAUGCUGAGCUAGUUGAUAAAUCAGAGACAGAUCUUAGACGUUUGGGAGAACUUGUACAUAAUGGAUGCAUUAAAGCUUUAAAGGACAAUUCAUCUGGACAAGAAAGAGCAGGAGGUAGACUUGGGAAAGUUAAAGGCCCAACAUUCCGAAUCUCAGGAGUGCAGGUGAAUGCAAAGCUAGUCAUCUCCCAUGAAGAAGAGUUGGCACCAUUGCACAAAUCUAUUCCUUCAGAUCCAGAAGAGAGAAAAAGAUAUGUCAUCCCGUGCCACACCAAGGCUGCUCAUUUUGAUAUAGAUUGGGGUAAGGAAGAUGAUUCCAAUCUAUUAAUAGGCAUAUAUGAAUAUGGUUAUGGCAGCUGGGAAAUGAUAAAAAUGGAUCCUGAUCUCAGUUUGACACAGAAGAUUUUACCUGAUGAUCCAGAUAAGAAACCCCAGGCGAAGCAGCUACAGACCCGUGCAGACUACCUCAUUAAAUUACUGAAUAAAGACCUUGCAAGAAAGGAAGCACAAAGGCUUGCUGGUGGAGGCAAUUCAAAGAGGAGGAAAACAAGAACUAAGAAGAAUAAGGUGAUAAAGGCUGUAAAAAUAAAAGAAGAAGUAAAAAGUGAUUCUUCACCACAGCCCUCGGAAAAAUCUGAUGAAGAUGAUGAUGAGGAUAACAAGGAUGAGAUUGUUUCAGUGAAACAUCCACAUAAAAAAAUUAAAGCAGAAAAAGAAAAUGAAGAAAAGCCUGAGCCAGAUAUUGGUAUAAAGAAGGAAGCUGAAGAAAAAAGAGAGACAAAAGAAAAGGAAAAUAAGAGGGAUUUGAAAAGGGAGAAAAAAGAAAAAGAGGAUAAGAAAGAAUUAAAAGAAAAAGAUAUUAAAGAAAAGAGAGAAAACAAAGUAAAAGAAUCCACACAGAAAGAAAAAGAAGUAAAGGAAGAGAAGGUAAAUGAAAUCAAGUCUGAAAAUAAAGAAAAAACUAAAAGAAUUCCAUUGUUGGAUACUCCAGUUCAUAUUACUGCAACUAGUGAACCAGUUCCUAUAUCAGAAGAAUCUGAAGAACUGGAUCAGAAGACUUUCAGUGUGUGCAAAGAAAGAAUGAGGCCUGUUAAAGCAGCAUUGAAACAGCUUGAUCGACCAGAGAAAGGCCUUUCUGAAAGAGAGCAGCUGGAACAUACUAGGCAGUGUCUAAUCAAAAUUGGGGAUCACAUUACUGAAUGUCUAAAGGAGUACACAAAUCCUGAACAAAUUAAACAGUGGAGAAAAAAUUUGUGGAUUUUUGUCUCUAAGUUUACAGAAUUUGAUGCCAGAAAGCUGCACAAACUGUAUAAACAUGCAAUCAAAAAACGCCAAGAGUCUCAGCAACACAAUGACCAGAAUACUAGCAGCAGUGUGAAUACACAUGUAACUAGAAAUCCAGAUGUGGAAAGACUGAAGGAGAAUACAAACCAUGAUGACAGUAGCAGGGACAGUUACUCUUCUGAUAGACAUUUGUCACAAUACCACGAUCAUCCUAAAGACAGGCAUCAGGGAGAUGCUUACAAGAAAAGUGACUCUAGGAAAAGGCCCUAUUCAGCCUUCAGCAAUGGAAAAGAUCACAGAGACUGGGAUCACUACAAACAGGACAGUAGAUACUACAGUGAUAGUAAACACAGAAAGUUAGAUGACUACAGGAGCAGAGACCACAGGUCAAACCCGGAAGGAAGUUUAAAAGACAGCCGAGCUCAUUCAGAUCACCGUUCCCAUUCCGACCACAGGAUACAUUCAGAUCACCGUUCCACUUCAGAGUACAGCCAUCAUAAAUCUUCUAGAGAUUAUAGAUACCUCUCAGACUGGCAAAUGGACCACAGAGCUUCGGGUAGUGGCCCAAGGUCACCAUUAGAUCAGAGGUCUCCUUAUGGUUCAAGAUCUCCCCUAGGACACAGAUCUCCAUUUGAACACUCAUCAGAUCACAAAAGUACACCUGAACAUACAUGGAGUAGCCGGAAAACAUAACAAAGACUGACAUAUUCUGGACCUUCUUUUAGCCAUAUACAGUAAACUAACACAGUAAUUGCCUUACAUGACUUGAAAGAUAUGGACUGGAUGUUCUAUCAGUAGUAGUAUUGUUACUUCUUUCCAGGAUGCAAGGUCUAUUAUCCCAACAGAAGAAAAAUAUUUUUGUAUUUAAAGUUUAUGCUGCACUGUGCUGCAAAUGCUGUGGCACUCUUUUUUAAGAAAUGGAAGAUGUUUACUUUUACAGGGACCUCAACACUGCCCCUUUCAGACUGGAUCUUACUAUAAAACUCUUCAUGUCAGAGUGAUUUUAGGCUGAACGUGUUUUAAAUUAUGUUUGUAAAUGAACUUUUAAACACUGAUCUGUGCUUAUAUUUCAGGAAGGAAUGAGGAGUUUAUUUUCUUUUAUUUCUUAGUAAAGAACUGUCAAGGACUUUGUUCACUUUCCAAAGCUACUUGUUUACAUUGUACACUGCGACCACCUUGCCGCUUUUCAUCACAAGCUUGAAUAUUUAAAUUCUGUACCUAUAACUGUAAAAUAGCCAGGAUUUCUCCUGUUUGUGAUCAGUUAUAAUGCCUUUUUACAAAAACAAACAAACAAAAAAGUAAAAAAACAGAACACAAAUGGCUGUAAAUUAUUGUAAAUUAAUUAAAUGAGCUUUUUUCCCCUCUCAGGCCUUUUUUGACUGUUCCUUUCCCCACCAACUCAGGCCUUCUUGUCACAAGUAUGAAAUGAAAUCAGUCUACUUACAUGUUUUAAUACAGUAUCUUGAUGGAAUAGCUGUUCAGAAUGUAAAAAUGGGGAAAGGGAACAUUUUAUUCCAUUUAGUGUUCCUUUUCUUUCAUUUAUUUUAAAUACAUGUUUUGGGGGUUUGGGGGGUUUUUUGUUUGUGAGGGUUUUUUUCUUUCCUCCAUUAAACUGUCAGUGUUGUGAUUGUAAUGAAAUGGUAAGAAAUAUGCAGCUAAACUGUGCUCUGGAAAGCUUUUCAGGUGCAUUGGUUUUAAAGGAGUGUUAAAUAUCUGAACACUUCAGAAUCCAAAUCAGCAAAAUUUACUGUAAAUCCAUUUGUGUUCCCUCUUCAACAUGGGCAAUAAUGUCAAAUGUGCUAUGCAGCCAGUUAAUAUUUUAAAAGAUCUGAAUUACUUUAUUGACAGAAUUGUUACAAUGCACACUGAUUGUACAUAGACAGCUUAUAUCUGACAAAUUAAAUUUAAACCAAAAGGAUAUGUG